GUCCUCAACACACCCUCCUCCUUUCCGGUUCGACGUUCAAACAACCUAAAUGAGUUCACUAUGCAGUCACGCCUCAUAACCGAGGAGGAAGCUAGGAAUCGUGCUAGAUGGUUUCGCGUCAACCUCACAGGUCCUUUGAAAAAUUUUCCCCGCAACAUCUGCUACCUAACGUACAUCACGACACUGGUGAUUAAGAAUAACCAUUUGGAGCGCCUACCACCAGAACUGGGAAACUUGGUUAAUCUUGUCAAUUUGGAUGCCAGCUACAAUCGAUUAAGGGUUUUGCCAUCCACUAUUGGCGAACUCACCGAUCUUCGAGCCUUGAUUCUCAACGAUAAUCAAAUUUCGGAUCUCCCCCUCGAGGUUGCCCGUCUACUAAACCUUAGGUUCUUGAAUCUUCAGAAUAACCCCUUGAGUCAGGAGUCGGCUGCACUCUAUGGGGACGGAACUGAGCCCUUUGUUCGGCGAUUGGUUCGACAUUAUCUGGACAUCUACUCGCGACAGCGACUUUAUUACCACUCCUACGAGCGAAUGAUCAUCAGAACCCGGGCGGGUCAGUGGUGUUUGCUCGCAGAAUCGAAGUGCAUGAUGAUUUUGCGCAGCACUUUUAAUGUCAUCACCUUAUUUUAUACCAUAUGCACAUUCUCUAGGGAUUGGCCUGAGUUGCGAGUCUUCGCGGCCGUCAACUCAUCUGGUAACAGUGAAAUGCAAGGUUUUGUGGAUAGCGGUCCGCCUGAGCCAAAAAGUACUCAACGCUAUCGGACUACCUCUGAUCAGGUUGCGUCUCGAUCCAGACCAAGGUCCCUAAAGUGGCCGGAAUGCAAGAAGAUAGAUUUAAUAUCAGAUGUCGACUACUGUAGUUCACCGGAUUCUGCAGUUGUCACGGGAAGCGAGUCUUUGGGCAGUUCUGAGAGCAUUGAUACGUUAGAUACUAGAAGAGCUGGAAUUUCCCAAAACAAAUUGAAUAUACCUCCACGGCGCCGGAAUAACCGACGUUAUCGACGUUGGUGCCAAAUAAAACAAGACUCUUUGGGGUCUUCACUCCCGACUGAACCUUCAAGUGGUUGUGGAAAGUUUAGCAAGGUAUCGGAGGCUGGACAGAUAAGCGGAAAAACUUAUCGUACUCCAGUGCCAGUAGCUGUUGUUCGGAAUACGCUUGAGUGUCCAAUGGUAUUCCUUCCUGGAUCCUAUCCGCCUAGUCCGGUCACACUUCCCUUCUGUGUCCCAUAUUCCCCUGCCUACUCAACGCAGUGGUUGGCACUUCCAUACCUCUCACCUGGAGAUGGCCGAUUUCCUUCUGGGAGCGUGACGAUUGAUCUAACUGGUCAUGAUGUCUCCUACUUUGUGGAACAUCUACCUCCUCUCACCCCCAAGUGGCCUGCACAGGACAAGGUACCUUCACCACAGCCUCUUAUGGAGAUUAAUACAAACCUAUUUCAACCGUGUUUGACACCCAAUCGGGAUAGCGCACAGAAUUGCGUGCUCGUCUAUCCCCAGGCCUGGGCCACUUAUCCCCCCUUCGUGUACAUACCUGCCCCAUUGCGUCUUCCUCGGGCUCUAGACCACUGCGGGUCGCUCAAAACCUGUGCAGUGCCUUUUAGUGAAUUUCCUAAUUGUAAGCCUCCCAUCCCUACUCGCCUAUGGAAGAUUGCAUCGACUCCCAUUCCUUGUCGAUGUAAUACAUCGGUUCCGCUCCGCCUCACCGACAGUGGCGCCAGUUUGGGACUCCUUCGAGGAAUGGAUGUGAGUACCGCUUUCUGCAUCAUUCUUCUUUGCCUGAAUACCUGUCUUUGGUGUGCCUGUGCUUGCGUGCCUGGGGAGGGGUUACUGAGUCUAGAGGCGGUGGCGGUGAAGGCGGAAUACGAUCGACUCACAGUGAUGUGCUACAACGUUCUCAGUGCCAACUACGCGACUCACUCGCAGUACCCCUAUUGUCCCACCUGGGCCAUUGAUUGGGAGUAUCGACGUAGGGGUAUCCUGGAGGAGUUGCGGCAGUACGAGCCGAACAUAAUUUGCCUGCAGGAGAUUGACACUGACCAAUUUGAGACGGUGUUUGUACCGGAACUGGCAAAAAAUAACUAUGAGGGUGUCUUCUUGCCCAAGUCACGUUCACGUACAAUGGAACCCGCUUCGGCACGUAAAGUCGAUGGCUGUGCCAUAUUCUGGCUUUCGGAAAAGUUCACCAAAGUGACUGAAUUCCAUCACGAGUUCAUGAUCUCCUGCUCCUCCGUCGCUGACCAUCCCUCCCCUCUACUUAUCAAUCGGGUGAUGACACGUGACAAUGUCGCUAUAGGGGUCGUUCUGGAAAUUAAGAACUCAGGCGUGAAUAGUCGAAGAUUCUGUGUGACAACGGGUCACAUUCACUGGGAUCCGGAGCACUCGGAUGUGAAGUUGAUCCAGACUAUCUUAUGGACUGCCGAGUUGUGGUCCCGCUUGGAGCGGUUUUGUGGCGACUGCGGAAAACCGGGCUCGGGUGCCUCACGAAUGCCCGUGAUUCUCUGUGGCGAUUUCAAUUCCUUGCCGGAAUCGGGUGUGGUCGAAUACCUCUCCACAGGUAGCGUUCCCGCCACUCAUGUCGAAUUCCUCAACUUUGGUUUCAAUUACCAUUUCGAAGAAUGGAAGUUGCUCGAAAAAUGGGCUUACGAAGGCAAUAUUGUGCGUCAUCGCUUCAACUUUGACCGAGCUUAUCGUGCUAACGCCAAUGACGGGAUGAGGGUCACCAAUUUGACAUACGACUUUAAGGGGAUGAUCGAUUACAUCUUUUUCUCCCGGAAUCACUUCCGCCUUCUGGGAAGCCUGGAUCAGAUUCCUGACUCCUGGUUUGUGGAAGAGCGAGUUCUCGGCUGUCCACAUAUUCACGUGCCUUCGGACCACUUCUCCUUAUUGGUGGAGCUUGAUUUGUUAGGGCAACCCAGUCGUGGCUUGGCUAUCUCAGAUCCCGCUGAGGCUCUCGUUUCCACUCCUAGCAUGCCCAUGGUAGCGGCUGCAACCGCAUCUGCGACAAGUUCUACCGAUACAGCCUCCAUGGUCACCAAUAUCACUGGCACUGCUCCCACGGCAGGUACUUUUAGUGCGACAAGUUCUGGCACUAUUGGAUCUGCGGCCGCUGCCGCCACUACCAGCAUCGCCUCUGCUAGCGUCUCCAGUACAGCCGCGGGUGCAGCUACAAUAUCCUCUGCCACAAACAGUCCAAAGCCAAAAGGAUCCUGUGGGUCAAGGCAGAAGCAGGGGAAGCGCUAA